AUGAAGCUCCAGACGGCACUAUCGAUUUUGGCCGCCAUUCAGGCGGUCGCAGUAUCUGCCCUUCCCGCUGUCGAGAAACGGGCCCCCAACCAUGCUGCCUUCAGUAGACCGGUUGGAAGACUCUUCGAGAUCGACGAGAAGGUUCAAUACUUCAUGGGAACCAAUACAUACUGGAUUGGAUUCUUGACAAACGACAAUGAUAUCGAUUUGGUUAUGAAGCACUUGAAACAGUCGAAAAUGAAGGUCCUUCGUGUCUGGGGAUUUAACGACGUAAACUCUCUUCCGGAGCCAGGAACCGUCUACUACCAGGCUUUGAUUCCUGGACAAGAGCCAUACAUCAACCUUGGACCCGAUGGUCUCCAACGUUUGGAUGUCGUCGUUCAUAAGGCCGUUCACUACGGUAUCAAGUUGAUUAUUCCCUUUAUCAACAACUGGGGCGACUACGGUGGAAUCCAAGCCUACGGUAACUACUUCGGUACCAACGCGACCAACUGGUACACAUCUGCCCCUGCACAGGCUCAGUACCGAAAGUACAUUAAGGCCGUCGUCCGACGAUACAAGCACUCCAACGCUAUUUUCGCAUGGGAAUUGGGUAACGAGCCCCGAUGCAAGGGAUGCUCAACCGAUAUCAUCUACAACUGGGCCAAGUCGACUAGCGAGUAUAUCAAAUCCUUGGAUAGCAGGCACAUGGUCACUCUCGGUGACGAGGGUUGGUUGGUUUCUGGCGGCGAUGGUGCAUAUCCUUACCAAGGAGGUGAGGGAGUCGACUUUGAGAGGAAUUUGGGCAUUGAAACUCUGGACUUUGGCACUUUCCACCAGUGGCCACAUGCAUGGAGCAUGCCUUACGAAUGGGGUUCGCAAUGGAUCAAGGAACACGACGAAAUCGGCAAGAAGCUUGGUAAGCCCGUUAUUCUCGAAGAGUACGGCGACAUCUCCGACAACCAUACCGCAACAAGAUUGCCUUGGCUAGAUACUGUCUACUACGAUACUAAAAUUGCUGGAGAUAUGUACUGGCAAUACGCUGAUUUCUUGUCUGAUGGCCCAUCACCGGACGACGGAAAUGCUGUUUACUACGGCACGCCAGAGUACAAGCCAUUGGUUAUCGACCAUGCCGCUCGUAUGGUUGCCAAACCUGUGGUGUAG